AUGUCCUAGACUAAGGUGGCCAAGACGCGUGCUCUGCUCCACCAGGCACGGUUGUGUGUGCAAGGCCUGGGGAAGCGCGAAGUGUUCUGAGAUGGCCGGACAGGAGGACAAGGCUGUGAAGUACUACACCUUGGAAGAGAUUCAGAAGCACAAAACCAGCAAAAGCACCUGGGUGAUCCUGCACCACAAGGUGUACGACCUGACCAAGUUUUUGGAAGAGCACCCCGGUGGGGAAGAAGUCCUAAGGGAACAAGCAGGGGGUGAUGCCACUGAGAACUUCGAGGAUGUCGGCCACUCUACCGAUGCCAGGGAACUGUCCAAGACAUUCAUCAUUGGGGAGCUGCAUCCAGAUGACAGAUCAAAAUUAGCCCCUCCCUCGGAACCUCUCAUUACCACCGUCGAGUCCAAUUCCAGUUGGUGGACCAACUGGGUGAUCCCAGCCAUCUCCGCACUGGCUGUAGCCCUGAUGUAUCGCUUCUACUUAGCAGAAGACUAAAUACCUCUCAGAAGCCCAGGAAGAAAAAACUGCCUGGACCAAGGAGAAAAGAAGCCAGUGUUAAUCACUUCAACUGACAGAAACUUUCACCCGAAACAAUAAUUUUAAUAUGUCUGUUUCUAUUUUCUUCUACAUUAGAACAAAACAAAAAGAACUGUACUUUCUACUCUUACAUUUUCAAAUGUGCCUUUUCUAUUCAUCAACUUUAUUGAUGUUUCUUCACUAUGUAAUUUACUUAUUGUAAGCAUGAUCUUUUUAAAAUAUA